GAAUUGGCGUAAUGAAUAUACCCCAGUUGGACCUACCCUCAAAACUUCGUUACCCAUGAAGCAAUGCUUUCAGCCAGCGCGUUGCUGUGCGUCAAGUCCAACCACUGUGCCAAGCGAAGAAGAAAGGGGGAGACGUACAAACUAGCUAAAAACGAUACGCUUCCAAUGCAGUUAAAUUUGUAACGAAUAUUUUAGAAAAGAUAGGUCAACUCUGUGCCUGCUUGGCUCUAAAUCGCAACAACCUUUUUCCCCCUGCCCCGGCUUUAGCGCACAUAGAUAUGAGCGGCAGCGGGCGGCCCAGGACCAGCUCGUUUGCUGAGCCUCCAGGGGCUCCCGGAGCCGCUUCAGCCGCCGCCGGAUCGUCUGUUUCCGGAGGGAGUUCUGCAGGAAAAUCUGGGGCUUCACAGGCCACAGGGAGCAGCUCGGCUGGGUUCGGAAAUUUGAAACUAGCCCGUGAGUAUAGUUAAUUGAUCACAAAACGAAGGGGUCGGGAUAUAUUUGUGUACUGAUCAUUCAAAGCAAGUAUCUAACUGAACAAAUUGAUAAAACUGUCGAUGUUAUCAUUUCGCAAAGCUAACCUAGGUAGCUAGCUGGCUAGGCUAUGUAUGUUUUUGUAAAAGGGACUGUGGGAUCAAGUUGGGCUUUGAUUGUGGCUCAUCUGGCUAAUGUUAACUAGUAUAACAUUUGAGGCGAAACAUCUACGAUGUUAGAAACUGGGAAGAAAUUGAUGAAAAUACGAAUGGAACCAGAUUUAUGUGAUAUGUCGUUGGAAGCCAGAUUGGAAAACGGACAUCAGUUAGUUAACUAGCGGUACCUACCUUGGUGAAAUCAAACGAGGUUGACCGUCGUCCUCAUUUAGCUAGUUAGCCUGUAAUCUUAGCUAUUAGCAUUGAAAGUUAUGUAGCUGGUUACUUAGUUAGCUAGGUUACCUGUGUAACGUUAGCUAGCUAACAGCUAUAUAUGCUAUUUAGGGAGAUGGAGUUACCGUUAAUUCAGUUCACAUAACGUAAUAUAUUGGGAAUUUAUACGACAUGGUUUAAUGUGACCCUGAACAAUUAGCUUGAAAACUAGCUAACUUGUUCAAUAGCAAUUAACGUGCUAGUUUGCCAGUUUGGUUAGCUUGUCCAAGGUAGGAAUAGAAUUAGCCAGCCAGAUUGCUGGAGUGCGCUGUGUCAAAGGUGUGUCAAUGUCAUUUUUAUAACGUUACAAGUCCAGUUUUGUUUUGCAGUUCUUUGGUCAACCGUUUUAGAUUGAGCAAUAAUGUGGGUGGUAAGGAACCGUUAGGUAUCUAUCUUGUUAUUGGAAUAAUACUAUCAUAACCAUGUAUUUCCAAAUACAAUAUGUGUUGGUCUCAUCUCGUUAUUUUUCAAGAUCUAUGAUUGAUUUUCCUCAUAUUUGCAUCAUUUGACACAUGUCCAUAUAUUGAUCAUCAAAUAAUCUUCAUAAGUAGGCUAGUCCUAUUUCUUUCAAUUGAGAUUUUCCGCACAGUGAGGAUUCUUCCAAAGGGUCUCAUUCUCAUCAAUUUUCACAGCCAGUACAAUGACAGGAAUUUACUGUAUGCCCAAUGGUAGUUUGGAUAUGCAGAGGUGGCAGUUGGCAGAAUAUCUACAGGGAGGGAGGAGGUGUUGACAAGGUCAGACUUAGGAAAAACCAAAGCUGGAACAUUGCACCACAAUGUACAUGUCAAACAGACAGUAGCUAGUCUACUCUGCCAUAUGUCAGGAGGUGGUUGAAAGUGUAUCCAUAUUUUGGUAACUUUAGUGGGUCCUUAUUAAACCUAACACUUGUGUCAAUUCAGAUGUAUUUGCCGCUGACAUUUCUUCAGUUGAAAACCAUAAAUGUUGCAUACCAGUUUCCAUUCUGAUCACUGACUGCUAUUCUGAUAGCCCUGCCAUGUUGAAGACUAGGCCUGGGUCAACCAUGACACUUCAGACUGCACUGCGAAAGUGCUCAGCUCACCAAUGUAACCCUAUGGGCUGAUGUUGAAGCGUCAGUGAGAAGGGAUUUGAGUGGAUAGAUUGAGCGUGGCAGGGAAAGAAAGGAGGGUGGGAGGGAGGAAGGCAGAGUGAAUCAUUGGAAAGAUAGGCUAGAGGUGGGAGAUGAAGACUGGAAACAGGUGAGCGACAGAUAAAUGACGAGCACAUAGACGGUGCUGCUCAAAUGUCUUCUCAGUCCAGCAGGGUAUACAUGAACACCUAGCCUAUAGCCUAAUCAGCAGGUCGUCAGUGGCCCAGUCUCUGUUCAGGCGUUUUUAAAGGCAACCCUCGGUUUUGAAUGGGGUCUGAUUUGGUCUCUCCUGACCACAGCACAGUGUUCCUAGAAGGGUGUGCCCACUGAUAAGCAUUGUUCCUGGUCUGGAGGUGUCUGGAUCUACCAGAAACCCUAACAAAGGUGCUGCACUACUGUUAGCUUGCUAGAAGUAACACUGGGGCUGCACUUAGCAUUACUGACGUUUCUCAGCUUUCUAUUGUUCUCAGCUCCUACCCUGGGGACAUAUGACUGCACAUAUUUGUUCCAGCCCAGCACUAACACACCCACACCUGAUUCAACUAAUAAAGGGCUUGAUGGUCAGCGGAUUAGUUGCAACAGGUGUGUCUAUAUUAGUACUAGGCCCGGUUUCCCAAAAGCAUCUUAAGGCUAAGUUCAUCGUUAGAACCAUAGGAUCCUAUGCUUCUAAGAUGAACUUAGCCUUAAGAUGCUUUUGGGAAACUGGGCCCAGGUCUGGAACAAAACUGCACUUGUGGGCCACCUGGGCUGGGGAGUUGAGGAUCACUGUAUUAGAGGGUAAGUGGCAGUGCCACUAAUCUGGUUAAUAUUGGCUAGUGCCAGACCAGCCACUGCAUAGCAAUACUAGCCAACUAGCUACCUCUCUCUCUCAAAACUCUGAAGGAUACUGCAGCUCUGGCAUAAAUAAAUGUUGGGUUGUAAUGCAUGGCUGUGAAAUCGUUAAUCCUUUUAGUGAGUAAUGUGUACAGUCACUUUAUAUUUAGAAAUGAGCGAUGAGUUAAUUGAGUCUAAAGUCUGAGUGUUCUGGAAAUCACUUCGCUCCCUCGUACUCUUUCAUUCGCUCCUACUCAUCAGCCCUCUGUGUUAACUUCCUCUUAAGGAACCAAAGCACUUCCCUGACAGCUGAUCUGUCUGACUGCUCAUCUUUGCAUUCAUCAUUAAAGUGACUAUCAUGCCACUGCUGUUUCAUAUUUAACACUCCCCUCUGACUCCACUUGUUAAGAAGAGGACUACACAGACGCAAACGCUGUGAGCCACAUGAUUACAGAUCAGAUGACGUUCUCUCCUUGUAUGUGACGUCAGAAGGAAGAAUAGUUUAGUGAGUCAUGCAAAGAUCUGGUUUGGAUUAAUCAAUGAAUCUAAUGCCUAACCAGUGUGAAAUCUACCAUAAGCUAUGAUGACCAUUUGUAUACUUGUAUAUGAAAAGCUAUGUGUGGAGUCUCCGGUGUGUUUAUUACAACAUACCAUCCAGCUCUUUCAGACGUACAGAGGCAUCCAGAGGUGUCUAGUCUACAUCAUAGGAGUUGACUUUAAUCCAUCAAUCAACUGCGCCCACGUAAUGCUUUUAGCAGUGCUGAACAAAACCUCCUGCCAUUCCAUCUCCAUUUCAGUCUUAUUGCUGAGACUGACAUAGUCCGACUUUAGAAUUGGAAAUUCCUCUAUCUUCAGCAGAGGAAGAUCCAAAUUUGUCUUCUCAACAAAAUCUCCAGUUAGUCAACCACUUACACAGCUUUGUUCUAGAGGCCUUGUCAGACUUUCGAGUAGAACUGGGAGGUACAGAGCUAUUAGAGAAGCAUGGUCAUGUUGAGGCAGGCGAAUGGAGGAGCUGGUGCACACUCACUAGGCGUGCUACUGUACUGUCCAUUCAAUGUUAUCACAGGCUCUGACAAGCUAGUUGGCUCCAGGCCCUACCUCUACUGUAGUGUUCCUCCUCCCUCCACAAUCUGUGCUUCUCUGGUGCUACUGGUGUGUCAGUCAGUUCACCCUCAACCAUUCUCUCACACACACACAGCCAACACGCUGAGCUGCACAUCUGACCCGAAGUAGAACUGUCACUCACUGCAUGAACUCAGAGAAUCUUCCUUUCCACAAGGUCGCACAUCGGACAGACAGUAGGGCUGUGACGAUACCAGUAUUGCAAUAUUUUUUCAAUGGCCAAAAUGAAAACAUGAAGCAGACAACUCUUUGGUCCUUUAAAAACCUGCUGUAUGUAACAUAUUGUGUGCUAUCGCUUGGAAAAUGGAUGACAACAUAAUGUUUGUUUCCAACAGUAGGUAUUUUUUUCCUAAAAAAGUUAAACCGCUUCGUGUUUUGUUUCCUUGCCAAGAUACUGAGUAACACAAUACUGGUAUCAUCCCGGCCCUAACAGACAGUGGCCCUGUUCAAACACUUAAAAACGCACUCUCCCUUCCUUGAAGACAGUAAUUAUAGAUCUGACAUGAUGACAGUCUGUCAAAGCUAUGUUGGAGAGCCCUCACUUUCACCCAUCCCAUCGUGUUAAAUCGCCCAUUACCUCCAGAAACUGAGGAAAGCAAGAAUGCAUUUCUCAGUAUUGUCAGGUUCCUAGUAUUUAGUCUGGACCAGCCAGUGUAGUGAGGGAGUGAAGAGGUUAGCAGAGUUCAGAGCUGUAACAGCCAGGCGUGCAGCCUCCCUUUGGGGAGCCAGGGAAGGUGACGCAGGGUGGAGGUGGUUCACUGUAGCUACUACAGCUCAUUACCAGCAAGUGUUGUGUGUCUGUGGGGAGAGCCUUCUGAGGUUAUGGCCAUUUAGAGACGGCUGGAGGGAGGAAGAGAGAGGGGGAGUGAUGAACAUUUGUUGUUGUUUAGUGGUUCCCCUCAGGGGAGUGGGGAAAGGAGGAGGCGACCGUCACUACGUUUCUUGCCUCUAAACCCGAGUCAUGGUCCUCUGUGUGUUUGGUGCAUGUGUGUGUCCCUGCAUCUGGAUAACCUCUAAAAUACUUGGGGUCCUUUAGCCCCCUCACAAGUGGUCAUGUAUCAUAAUGUGUUUUGACCUCUGUACCUCUCCCCCAGGAGACAGUGGCAAGGUGACGACUGUGGUGGCCACACCAGGCCAGGGUCCAGACCGCCCACAGGAGGUGUCCUACACAGACAUCAAGGUGAUCGGGAAUGGUUCCUUUGGCGUGGUGUACCAGGCCCGCCUCAUUGACAGCCAGGAGAUGGUGGCCAUCAAGAAGGUUCUGCAGGACAAGAGGUUUAAGGUACAGAGACUACAGACACACAGCACAACCCACUUCCACUGGCAGUCUACGCCAGUGUUGUAGUACUUGAGUCCAGGACUUGUGACUCGGACUCACCUUCUUGACCAUUGGUGACUCGGACUCACCUUCCCGUGUAUUUGCACUUGGACUGGACAGGCUACUCUGAUAAGCAGAAUAUUAGCAGCACUGAGUGCACAGAGAAGCGAGGGUUCUGUUCUCUAGCUAGCAGUGGGAAGGACGCGCCACACCGGCACACGCAGCCUGCAUCAGCUGGUAAGCUGCGGCGAAAGCAAGCGCUGAGUCUGGGCAGACAGGAAGGCAGGCCCCACUCACACACUGCCUCCGAUCAUACAGUGCCUUCAGAAAGUAUUCACACCCUUUGACUUUUUCCACAUUUUGUUGUGUUACAGCCUGAAUUUAAAAUUAAAUUGAUGUUGUGGUCCUCUGUAGCUCAGCUGGUAGAGCACGGCGCUUGUAACGCCAAUGUAGUGGGUUCGAUCCCCGGGACCACCCAUACACAAAAAUGUAUGCACGCAUGACUGUAAGUCGCUUUGGAUAAAAGCGUCUGCUAAAUGGCAUAUUAUUAUUAUUAUUAUUAUUAUUAUUAUUAUUAUGUUUUUGUCACUGGCCUACACAAAAUACCCCAUAAUGUCAAGGUGGAAUAUGUUUUUCACAAUUUUUACAUAUUAAUUAAAAAUGUAAAGCUGAAAUGUCUUGAGUUAAUAAGUAUUCAAAUCAAAUUUUAUUUGCAGAAUACAACAGGUGUAGACAUUACAGUGAAAUGCUUACUUACAGCCCUUAACCAACAAUGCAUUUAUUUUUUAAUAAAAUAUAACAACAACAAAGUGUUGAGAGAAAAAAAGAGCAGAAGUAAAAUAAAACAACAGUAGGGAGGCUAUAUACAGGGGGUACCGGUGCAGAGUCAAUGUGCGGGGGCACCGGCUAGUUGAGGUAAUAUGUACAUGUGGGUAGAGUUAAAGUGACUAUGCAUAAAUAAUUAACAGAGUAGCAGCAGUGUAAAAAGAUGGGGUGGGGGUGGGGGGGCAGUGCAAAUAGUCCGGGUAGCCAUGAUUAGCUGUUCAGGAGUCUUAUGGCUUGGGGGUAGAAGCUGUUGAGAAGCCUUUUGGACCUAGACUUGGCGCUCCGGUACCGCUUGCCGUGUGGUAGAAGAGAGAACAGUCUAUGACUAGGGUGGCUGGAGUCUUUGAAAAUUUUGAGGGCCUUCCUCUGACACCGCCUGGUAUAGAGGUCCUGGAUGGCAGGAAGCUUGGCCCCAGUGAUGUACUGGGCCGUACGCAUUACCCUCUGUAGUGCCUUGCGGUCGGAGGCCGAGCAGUUGCCAACCAGUCAGGAUGCUUUCGAUGGUGCAGCUGUAGAACUUUUUGAGGAUCUGAGGACCCAUGCCAAAAUCUUUUCAGUCUCCUGAGGGGGAAUAGGCUUUGUCGUGCCCUCUUCACGACUGUCUUGGUGUGUUUGGACCAUGAUAGGUCGUUGGUGAUGUGGACACCAAGGAACUUGAAGCUCUCAACCUGUUCCACUACAGCCCCGUCGAUGAGAAUGGGGGCGUGCUCAGUCCUCUUUUUGUUCCUGUAGUCCACAAUCAUCUCCUUUGUCUUGGUCACGUUGAGGGAGAGGUUGUUAUCCUGGCACCACACGGCCAGGUCUCUGACCUCCUCCCUAUAGGCUGUCUCAUCGUUGUCUGUGAUCAGGCCUACCACUGUUGUGUCGUCGGCAAACUUAAUGAUGGUGUUGGAGUCGUGCCUGGCCAUGCAGUCAUGGGUGAACAGGGAGUACAGGAGGGGACUGAGCACGCACCCCUGAGGGGCCCCCGUGUUGAGGAUCAGCGUGGCAGAUGUGUUGUUACCUACCCUUACCACCUGGGGGCGGCCCGUCAGGAAGUCCAGGAUCCAGUUGCAGAGGGAGGUGUUUAGUCCCAGGAUCCUUAGCUUAGUGAUGAGCUUUGAGGGCACUAUGGUGUUGAACGCUGAGCUGUAGUCAAUGAAUAGCAUUCUCAUGUAGGUGUUCCUCUUGUCCAGGUGGGAAAGGGCAGUGUGGAGUGCAAUAGAGAUUGCAUCAUCUGUGGAUCUGUUGGGGCGGUAUGCAAAUUGGAGUGGGUCUAGGGUUUCUGGGAUAAUGGUGUUGAUGUGAGCCAUGACCAGCCUUUCAAAGCACUUCAUGGCUACAGACGUCAGUGCUACGGGUCGGUAGUCAUUUAGGCAGGUUAUCUUAGUGUCCUUGGGCACAGGGACUAUGGUGGUCUGCUUGAAACAUGUUGGUAUUACAGACUCCGUUAGGGACAUGUUGAAAAUGUCCCUGACUGAGUCAACCCCUUUGACUCAGUCAGGGACAACCCCUUUGUAAUGGCAAGCCUAAAUAAGUUCAGGAGUAAAAAUGUGCUUAAGUCACAUAAGUUGCAUGGACUCACUCUGUGUGCAAUAAUAGUGUUUAACAUGAUUUUUGAAUGACUACCUUAUCUCUGUACCCCACACAUACAAUUAUCUGUAAGGUCCCUCAAUCAAGCAGUGAAUUUCAAACACAGAUUCAACCACAAAGACCAGCAAGGUUUUGCAAUGCCUCGCAAAGAAGGACACCUAUUGGUAGAUGGGUAAAUAUAUAUAUAUAUAUAUAUAUAUAUAAAGCAGACAUUGAAUAUCCCUUUGAGCAUUGUGAAGUUAUUCAUUACACUUUGGAUGGUGUAUCAAUGCUUUCCACCUGGCUACCACUACCCCAGCCACCAGCUCUGCACCCUCCGCUGCAACUUGACCAUGCCCCCCACCCUUCUCCUUCACACAAAUUCAGACAGCUGAUGUUCUGAAAGAGCUGCAAAAUCUGGACCCCUACAAAUCAUCUGGGCUAGACAAUCUGGACCCUUUCUUUCAACAAAAAAAAUAGCCGCCGAAAUUGUCGCAACCCCUAUUACAAGCCUGUUCAACCUCUCUUUCGUAACGUCUGAGAUCCCCAGAGAUUGGAAAGCUGUCGCGGUCAUCCCCCUCUUCAAAGGGGGUGACACUCUAGAUCCAAGCUGUUACAGACCUAUAUCCAUCCUGCCCUGCCUUUCGAAAGUUUUUGAAAGCCAAGUUAACAAACAGAUCACCGACCAUUUCGAAUCACACCGUACCUUCUCCGCUAUGCAAUCCGGUUUCCGAGCUGGUCAUGGGUGCACCUCAGCCACGCUCAAAGUUCUAAACGAUAUUAUAACCGCGAUCGAUAAUAGACAGUACUGUGCAGCAGUCUUCAUCGACCUGGCCAAGACAUUCGACUCUGUCAACCACCGCAUUCUUAUUGGCAGACUAAAUAGCCUUGGUUUCUCAAAUGACUGCCUCGCCUGGUUCACCAACUACUUCUCAGAUAGAGUUCAAUGUGUCAAAUCGGAGGGCCUGUUGUUUGGACCUAUGGCAGUCUCUAUGGGGGUGCCACAGGGUUCAAUUCUUGGGCCGACUCUUUUCUCUGUGUAUAUCAAUGAUGUCGCUCUUGCUGCUGGUGACUCUCAGAUCCACCUCUACGCAGACGACACCAUUUUGUAUACAUCUGGCCCUUCAUUGGACACUGUUAACAAACCUCCAAACAAGCUUCAAUGCCAUACAACACUCCUUCCGUAGCCUCCAACUGCUCUUAAACACUAGUAAAACUAAAUGCAUGCUCUUCAAUCGAACGCUGCUGGCAUCCGCCCACCCGACUAGAAUCACUACUCUCGACGGGUCUGACCUAGAGUAUCUGUCUGGUUAGACUGUAAACUCUCCUUCCAGACUCACAUUAAGCAUCUCCAAUCCAAAGUUAAAUCUAGAAUCUGCUUCCUAUUUCGCAACAAAGCCUCCUUCACUCAUGCUGCCAAACAUGCCCUCGUAAAACUGACUAUCCUACCGAUCCUUGACUUCGGCGAUGUCAUUUACAAAAUCCUACUCAGCACACUCUACUCAGCAAAUUGGAUGUAGUCUAUCACAGUGCCAUCCGUUUUGUCACCAAAGCCCCAUAUACUACCCACCACUGUGACCUGUACGCUCUUGUUGGCUGGUCCUCACUACAUAUUCGUCGCCAAACCCACUGACUCCAGGCCAUCUAUAAAUCACUGCUAGGCCAUCUAUAAAUCAUGGCGGCCAAAGGAGGUGUUGGCUUUGGGGAUGACCAGUGAGAUAUACCGCCUUAUCUUAGCUCAUUGGUCACCAUAGCAACACCCACCCGUAGUAUGCGCUCCAGCAGGUAUAUCUCACUGGUCAUCCCCAAAGCCAACACCUCCUUUGGCCGCCAUUCCUUCCAGUUCUCUGCUGCCAAUGACUGGAACGAAUUGCAAAAAUCUCUGAAGCUGGAGACUCUUAUCUCCCUCACUAACUUUAAGCAUCAGUUGUCAGAGCACCUUACCGAUCACUGCACCUGUACACAGCCCAUCUGAAAUUAGCCCACCCAACUACCUCAUCCCCAUAUUGUUAUUUAUUUUGCUAAUUUGCACAUCAUCUCUUGCACAUCUAUCAUUCCAGUGUUAAUACUAAUUGUAAUUAUUUUGCACUAUGGCCUAUUUAUUGCCUUACCUCCAUAACUUGCUACAUUUGCACACACUGUAUAUAUAUUUUCUGUUGUAUUUUUGACUUUAUGUUUUGUUUUACCCCAUAUGUAACUCUGUUGUUUUUAUCGCACUGCUUUGCUUUAUCUUGGCCAGGUCGCAGUUGUAAAUGAGAACUUGUUCUCAACUGGCUUACCUGGUUAAAUAAAGGUGGGAGAAAAAAAUAAUCAAUACACCCAGUCACUACAAAGAUACAGGCGUCCUUCCUGACUCAGUUGCCGUAGAGGAAGGAAACCGCUCAGGGAGUUCACCAUAAGGCCAAUGGUGACUUUAAAACAGUUGCAGUUGGUUGUGAUAGGAUAAAACUGAGGAUGGAUCAACAACAUUGUAGUUACUCCACAAUACUAACCUAAUUGACAGAGUGAAAAGAAGGAUGCCUGUACAGAAUUAUUCCAAAACAUGCAUCCUGUUUGCAACAAGGCACUAAAGUAAUACUGCAAAAAAUGUGACAAAGCAACUAACUUUUUGUCCUGAAUACAGUACAACACAUUACUGAGUACCACUCUCCAUAUUUUCAAGCAUAGUGGUGGCUGCAUCAUGUUAUGGGUAUGCUUGCAAUUGUUAAGGCGGGGGGAGUUUUUCAGGAUAAAAAAAACAACUGAAUGGCGCUAAGCACAGGCAAAAUCCUAGAAGAAAACCUGGUUCAGUCUGCUUUCCACCAGACACUGGGAGAUUAAUUCACCUUUUUAGCAGGACAAUAACCUAAAACACAAGGCCAAAUCUACACUGGAGUUGCGUACUAAGAAGACAGUAAAUGUUCCUGAGUGGCCGCGUUACAGUUUUGACUUAAAUCUACUUGAAAAUCUAUGGCAAGACCUGAAAAUGGUAGUCUGGCAAUGAUCAACAACUAAUUUGACGGGGCUUGAAUACUUUUUUAAAGAAUAAGGGCCAAAUGUUGCACAAUCCAGGUGUGGAAAGCUCUUAGACACUUAACCAGAAACACUCACAGCUGUAAUCGUUGCCAAAAGUGCUUCUGCAAAGUAUUGACUCGGGUGUGAAUACUUAUGUAAAUUAGAUAUUUCUGUAUUUCACUUUCAAUAAAUGUGGCAAAUUAUUAUUUAAUUUUUUUGUUUUCCGUUUGUAAUUUAGGGUAUUGUGUGUAGAUGGGUGAGGGAAAAAAAAAUAGUUAAUCCGUUUUGAAUUCAGGCUGUAACACAACAAUAAAUCAAGGGGGUAUGUAGGCUACACAUCGCACAGUCACCAGCCUACUAUUUAGCUUUGCCUGGUUAAGAGAAACAAACUGCUUUAUGAAAGUAAACUAUAGUAUUGAGUUGAAAAGGAAAACAACAGUCUAGCUAUUGUCUCUCUCGCCUUGAGUAUUGAUAAGUAGACUGUCUUUGAAUUUGUUUCGCUGUACCCUCCCACUUUCCCCAGUCUUCCUUUGGUUUUCACUCCGGAAUAAAAAAAAAACUACACAUCAGUGGGCGAUUACAAAAAGCAGAGAGCCUGUUACAAUUGUUGGAAAAAGGCCUUAUUUGUUUCAUAGGCUUUUGCAUAUUGCAGGCAAUUAUGACCAUUGUGCAACUGGAGGAAAAUAUUUGCGUUACUUCAAUGCUCACAUGAAAAUCUUCCUGCCAGACCGCCACUAGUUGUUGCUGGGCAGAUUUCUUCUACCAAAUCCGAGCCAAAUCAAGAGGGGCGACUCUAGCAACAUACGAGCAUCACGCUAGCAAGCCGGCAAUACAAGCGAGCAAAAAAACAUUAGUAACAAAUACAAAAUAUGUCUAAAAAAAAACCCGACUCAUUCCUUUUGCUUUCAAUUAUUAUUUUUUUAUUAUGUGCACAUUAACCAAUAUUAUUGUGUUCUUCUUUUGUUAAACUCCGACCCAGUGACUCAGAAUUGAGCACUUGGACCAGGACUCGAGCGCUGGGACUCAGACUUCACCAUUGGUGACUCGACUCGGACUCAAGCACACGACUCGGUUUAGUGACUUGACUAAAACACUGGUCUACACACACAGCGCAACUCACUUCCACUGUCAGUCUACAGACACACACCAUUGCCCCCCAUCACUCACACUCUAUUAGGUGUAUUUCUGUAUGUUAUCUCCCCAUAACUCAAUGUUACUACUACUCAAUUGAUGAAAUCUUAAGACCUAAAUGACACCCCCUUGCUAUUUCUGUACUCCAGAACCGAGAACUGCAGAUCAUGAGGAAAUUGGACCACUGCAACAUCGUCAGGCUACGUUACUUUUUCUACUCCAGUGGGGAGAAGGUAUGUACAACUUUGACUGCCUUUCCAGACUUGUGAAAAAAUGUAUGACAUUAGAAAAUGGAUUCAACAACAUUGCUCUUCUCUCCUAUUGUUCUCCCCUCACAGAAAGAUGAGGUGUAUCUGAACCUAGUGCUGGACUUUGUCCCAGAGACCGUGUACAGGGUGGCCCGGCACUUCAACAAGGCCAAGACCACCAUCCCCAUUAUAUAUGUCAAGGUAAAGCACUCACUACCUCUUCUCUUCCCCUGUUUCUCUCUCUUUUUACUUUCCCUCCCUUUUAUCCUCAUUCUCUCUACCCCUUUUCUCUCUCUCGUUCAUCUCCCUCUCCCUUUUUCUCACUCAGUCUGUCACUCAGUCUUCUCCUCAUCUCUUACCCCUCCAUCGUUCCUCUUUAAGCUCCAUGCUGCUCGAGGCAGAGUUCUCUAUUUAAUAUAGUAUAUUGAAAGUCACUUUUUUUUUUUUUGCCUCAAUAGAGUGAUCAGAGAUUACAGUGAUGUAAUGUCCUUAAAACAAGUCAAAAUGAGGCUCAGUAGUGUGUAUGACCUCCCUACAAUGCCUGGGCAUGCUCCUGAUGAGGUGGCGGAUGGUCUCCUUAGGGAUCUCCUCCCAGACCUGGACUAAAGCAUCCGCCAACUCCUGGACAGUCUGUGGUGCAACGUGGCGUUGGUGGAUGGAGCGAGACAUGAUGUCCCAGAUGUGCUCAAUUGGAUUCAGGUCUGGGGAACGGGCGGGCCAGUCCAUAGCAUCAAUGCCUUCCUCUUGCAGGAACUGCUGACACACUCCAGCCACAUGAGGUCUAGCAUUGUCUUGCAUUAGGAGGAACCCAGGGCCAACCGCACCAGCAUAUGGUCUCACAAGGGGUCUGAGGAUCUCAUCUCGGUACCUAAUGGCAGUCAGGCUACCUCUGGCGAGCACAUGGAGGGCUGUGCGGCCCCCCAAAGAAAUGCCACCCCACACCAUGACUGACCCUCCGCCAAACCGGUCAUGCUGGAGGAUGUUGCAGGUAGCAGAACGUUCUCCACGGCGUCUCCAGACUCUGUCACGUCUGUCACGUGCUCAGUGUGAACCGGCUUUCAUCUGUGAAGAGCACAGGGCGCCAGUGGCGAAUUUGCCAAUCUUGGUGUUCUCUGGCAAAUGCCAAACUCCUCCUUGCACAAAGGCGGAGGUAGCAGUCCUGCUGCUGGGUUGUUGCCCUCCUACGGCCUCCUCCACGUCUCCUGAUGUACUUGCCUGUCUCCUGGUAGCGCCUCCAUGCUCUCGACACUACACUGACAGACACAGCAAACCUUCUUGCCACAGCUCGCAUUGAUGUGCCAUCCUGGAUGAGCUGCACUACCUGAGCCACUUGUGUGGGUUGUAGACUCCGUCUCAUGCUACCACUAGACCACUGCGCCACUCGGGAGCCCAACAUGAAGAAUUCUUCAUUAACGCGACACCUAAGUUUAACUUGCUAGUUAUUUUACAUUUUUAGUCAUUUAGCAGACGCUCUUAUCCAGAGCGACUUACAGUUAGUGAGUGCAUACAUUUUUCAUACGGGCGUUAUAUAAAAUACAAAUCAAAUACAUUUUAUUUAGCAGACGCUCUUAUCCAGAGCGACUUACAGGAGCAAUUAGGGUUAAGUGCCUUGCUCAAGGGCACAUCGACUGAUUUUUCACCUAGUCGGCUCGGGGAUUAGAACCAGCGACUUUUCGGUUAGUGGCACAACGCUCUUAACAUUUACAUUACUUUUACGUCAUUUAGCAGAUGCUCUUAUCCAGAGCGACUUACAAAUUGGUGCAUUCACCUUAUAGCCAGUGGGAUAACCACUUUACAAUGUUUUUAAUUUUUUUGGUGGGGUAAGGGGGGGGGGUAGAAGGAUUACUUUAUCCUAUCCCAGGUAUUCGUUAAAGAGGUGGGGUUUCAAAUGUCUCCGGAAGGUGGUGAGUGACUCCGCUGUCCUGGCGUCGUGAGGGAGAUUGUUCCACCAUUGGGGUGCCAGAGCAGCGAACAGUUUUGACUGGGCUGAGCGGGAACUGUGCUUCCGCAGAGGUAGGGGAGCCAGCAGGCCAGAGGUGGAUGAACGCAAUGCCCUCGUUUGGGUGUAGGGACUGUUUAGAGCCUGAAGGUACGGAGGUGCCGUUCCCCUCACAGCUCCGUAGGCAAGCACCAUGGUCUUGUAGCAGAUGCGAGCUUCAACUGGAAGCCAGUGGAGUGUGCGGAGGAGCGGGGUGACGUGAGAGAACUUGGGAAGGUUGAACACCAGAAGGGCUGCAGCAUUCUGGAUGAGUUGUAUGGGUUUAAUGGCACAGGCAGGGAGCCCAGCCAACAGCGAGUUGCAGUAAUCCAAACGGGAGAUGACAAGUGCCUGGAUUAGGACUUGUGCCGCUUCCUGUGUAAGGCAGGGUCGUACUCUCCGAAUGUUGUAGAGCAUGAACCUACAGGAUCGGGUCACCGCCUUGAUGUUAGCGGAGAACGACAGGGUGUUGUCCAGGGUCACGCCAAGGCUCUUCGCACCUUGGGAGGAGGACACAACGGAGUUGUCAACCGUGAUGGCGAGAUCAUGGAACGGGCAGUCCUUCACCGGGAGGAAGAGCAGCUCCGUCUUGCCAAGGUUCAGCUUGAGGUGGUGAUCCGUCAUCCAUACUGAUAUGUCUGCCAGACAUGCAGAGAUGCAAUUCGCCACCUGGUUAUCAGAAGGCGGGAAAGGAGAAGAUUAGUUGUGUGUCGUCUGCGUAGCAAUGAUAGGAGAGGCCAUGUGAGGAUAUGACAGAGCCAAGUGACUUGGUGUAUAGCGAGAAUAGGAGAGGGCUUAGAACUGAUCCCUGGGGGACACCAGUGGUGAGAGCACGUGGUGCGGAGACAGCUUCUCGCCACGCCACUUGGUAGGAGCGACAGGUCAGGUAGGACGCAAUCCAAGAGUGAGCCGCGCCGGAGAUGCCCAGCUCGGAGAGGGUGGAGAGGAGGAUCUGAUGGUUCACAGUAUCAAAGGCAGCAGACAGGUCUAGAACGACAAGAGCAGAGGAGAGAGAGUUAGCUUUAGCAGUGUGGAGAGCCUCCGUGACACAGAGAAAGCAGUCUCAGUUGAAUGACCAGUCUUGAAACCUGACUGGUUUGGAUCAAGAAGGUCAUUCUGAGAGAGAUAGCAAGAGAGUUGGCUAAAGACGGCACGCUCAAUAGUUUUGGAGAGAAAAGAAAGAAGGGAUACUGGUCUGUAGUUGUUGACAUCAGAGGGAUCGAGUGUUGGUUUUUUGAGAAGGGGUGCAACUCUCGCUCUCUUGAAGACGGAAGGGACAUAGCCAGCGGUCAAGGAUGAGUUGAUCAGCGAGGUGAGGUAAGGGAGAAGGUCACCGGAGAUGGUCUGGAGAAGAGAGGAGGGGAUAGGGUCAAGCGGGCAGGUUGUUGGGCGGCCGGCCGUCACAAGUCGCAAGAUUUUAUCUGGAGAGAGAGGGGAGAAAGAAGUCAAAGCAUAGGGUAGGGCAGUGUGAGCAGGACCAGCAGUGUCAUUUGACUUAACAAACGAGGAUCGGAUGUCGUCAACCUUCUUUUCAAAAUGGUUGACGAAGUCAUCCACAGAGGGGGGGAGGGGGAGGAGGAUUCAGCAGGGAGGAGAAGGUGGCAAAGAGCUUCCUAGGGUUAGAGGCAGAUGCUUGGAAUUUAGAGUGGUAGAAAGUGGCCUUAGCAGCAGAAACAGAUGAAGAAAAUGUUGAGAGGAGGGAGUGAAAAGAUGCCAGGUCCGCAGGGAGUCUAGUUUUCCUCCAUUUCCGCUCGGCUGCCCGGAGCCCUGUUCUGUGAGCUCGCAACGAGUCAUCAAGCCACGGAGCUGGAGGGGAGGACUGAGCCGGCCGGGAGGAUAGGGGACAUAGAGAGUCAAAGGAUGCAGAAAGGGAGGAGAGGAGGGUUGAGGAGGCAGAAUCAGGAGAUUGGAGGGAGAAGGAUUGAGCAGAGGGAAGAGAUGAUAGGAUGGAAGAGGAGAGAGUAGCGGGAGAGAGAGAGCGAAGGUUGCGACGCCGCAUUACCAUCUGAGUAGGGGCAGAGUGAGUAGUGUUGGAGGAGAGCGAAAGAGAAAAGGAUACAAAGUAGUGGUCGGAGACAUGGAGGGGAGUUGCAGUGAGAUUAGUAGAAGAACAGCAUCUAGUAAAGAUGAGGUCAAGCGUAUUGCCUGCCUUGUGAGUAGGGGGGGACGGUGAGAGGGUGAGGUCAAAAGAGGAGAGGAGUGGAAAGGAGGCAGAGAGAAAUGAGUCAAAGGUAGACGUAGGGAGGUUGAAGUCCCCCAGAACUAUGAGGGGUGAGCCAUCCUCAGGAAAGGAACUUAUCAAUGUGUCAAGCUCAUUGAUGAACUCUCCAAGGGAACCUGGAGGGCGAUAAAUGACAAGGAUGUUAAGCUUAAUUGGGCUAGUGACUGUGACAGCAUUGAAUUCAAAUGAGGAGAUAGACCGAUGGUUCAGGGGAAAAAGAGAGAAUGUCCACUUGGGAGAGAUGAGGAUUCCUGUGCCACCACCCCGCUGACCAGAUGCUCUCGGUGUAUGCGAGAACACAUGGUCAGACGAGGAGAGAGCAGUAGGAGUAGCAGUGUUUUCAGUGGUAAUCCAUGUUUCCGUCAGCGCCAAGAAGUCGAGGGACUGGAGGGUAGCAUAGGCUGAGAUGAACUCUGCCUUGUUGGCAGCAGAACGGCAGUUCCAGAGGCUGCCUGAGACCUGGAACUCCACGUGGGUGGUGCGUGCAGGGACCACCAGGUUAGAGAGGCAGCAGCCACGCGGUGUGAGGCGUUUGUAUAGCCUGUGCGGAGAGGAGAGAACAGGGAUAGACAGAGGCAUAGUUGACAGGCUGCAGAAAAUGGCUACAAUAAUGCAAAGGAGAUCGGAAUGAAAUUAACUAAACAUCUGGGAAAGGAGAGAGCGGGGCCUCCCUCACCACAACACCCAAAUAUAACUCUCCCAACUUCCACCUCAGAAACUAUAAUUGUUGUAAACUACAGCGGUUCAAUGUUUUCUAGGAAUAGACUAACUUAGUUUAUUCAGCUAGCUAACUUGGUACAGUAUUCUUCCGUGAAAAUCAUCCAGGGCACCUAGUCAUAAGAUGCCACAGCCAGCUAGCAUGCCGGACUCCAACAACACAGUUUAGCACCAAUACUCGGCCACAACAAACCACCAGUGUGUCAACACGCCAAGCAGAUCGUUCGUGUCCGUGUCUAACGUUGUGGGUUAGUCCCGACAGCUUGACGAGUCCGUCGUCAACUUAUUCAGCCAGUUAGUUAGCUAGAAUAGUUAGCAUACUAGCUAGCCAUUGCUUUCAGACAAAGAAGAAACCCCUCCUUUCACGGCACGAACAGACAGAGAGAGCCAAGCUAACGUUAACUAGUCACCCAUGUUCCGAAUUCCUUGAACGACUCUGGCUACCUAUAUGUAAAAACAAAACACAAAUGUAGGUUAUGACUUACCCCUAGCAGCUACUGUUAGCUAGCCAAUUGACUCAGCCAGUUCGCGUCUGUUCGCUAGGUCGUUCCAGCUAUUGUUUACUAGUAGCUAUCCAGGUAGCAACAAGCUAGCUAAAUUUCAAGCACAGUAAAUUUCGGUUCAGUAAGUGGCUGAAUUCAGUAAGUUCAGUAAUUGGCUGAAUUAAUAAGGUGACGGGGCAUCAAAUGGUGUUCGCUUUCUGCUGUGAUUGAGAAGUCAAAGCCCUUUGGAUUAGUUAUCUGUACAGCUGUCGCUGCUAUCUUUUGAUUUCCUUGCGUUUUUUCCCCCCUCCGUUCUCAGCCCGUCUGCUCCUCCCCAUCUUCUCCGAGCAGAGCAGACAGGCCCGUUGCCCUAGUGACUCCACACAGACACAGCGUGUACACAUGCUGCUCCAGAGCCAGUACUGUUCUUCCUUCAGACAAGCAUGCGUCAAAACCUUGUUCAUUUGUACAAUGUCUCUUGUUCUCAUUCGCUUGUAAAUGUCCAAACUCACCAAAAAUUACAUUCGGUAGCUCCUACCUAUAUAUUUAUAACUUUAUGAGCUGGAUUGCCUGUCUUUGCAAUUCGUUUAUUUUCGUUUGCGCUCGUUAACGUAUUUAGCUAUCAGCCUCAUGGAAAUUCGCCAUUACUUGUACUACUUGUACUUGUGGUCCUCUGUAGCUCAGCUGGUAGAGCACGGCGCUUGUAAUGCCAGGGUAGUGGGUUCGAUCCCCGGGACCACCCAUACACAGAAAUGUAUGCACGCAUGACUGUAAGUCGCUUUGGAUAAAAGCGUCUGCUAAAUGGCUUAUUAUUAUUAUUAUUUAUUAUUAUUAUUAAUUUUGUUAGAGUUCUGGUAAUAGGCGCCCAAUGGGCUUUUUUUGUUUUGUGGUGCCCCCUUGUGUACUAAGCCGGUAAUACCGUAAAUCCCAUUAUGAGAUGAGGACGGUAUGACGAUACGAAACUCUGGAUACCGGCCCAACCCUAAAUGGUACUGUAUUUGAAUAGAGGACUCUUCCCCCAAGGUUCCUGACGAGAAUAAAACACAUUGAUGUUAUGUUCUCUCUCUGCUCUGACUCUUCACUGACCUCCGAUAGUCUUUGUCUGUCGCCUCUUUUUUACAACACAUCUACAUUCUUUCUUCCUUUCCUACAUCUGAUUUUUUUGGGGACAAUACCUACUUCAGUGUUUUAGAAUUGGAGGGAAAGAGAAACUCAGUUUCUCUGUUUGCAAUAUGCUUGGUUGCCUGUUUAAAAGGGCACUUACGUUGUUAGUAGUGUUGUCUGUGUUAGUAUUGUGUGUGCUAUGCCCCGUGGCAGCAGAGAGGACUAUCUGUCUCAUGGCCCAUUUGCCUCAGUCCACCCAGCUGCUCUCUCUCUCUCGCUCUCUCCUGUGGUGUGGAGAUGCAUACUGAUUAUACACACUGCCCUCACUCAGCACCUCGACACUCUCCUCUCCACCUCUCCCUCUGCUCCUUUCAUCCAUCCCUAAUCUCUUUAUCUGUAUCUUUCUUCCUUCCCUCACACUCCCUCUCUCCUCUCAUCCCUCCCUAAUCUCUUUAUCUGUAUCUUUCUUCCUUCCCUCACACUCUCUCUCUCCUCUCAUCCCUCCCUAAUAUCUUUAUCUGUAUCUUUCUUCCUUCCCUCACACUCCCUCUCUCCUCUCAUCCCUCCCUAAUCUCUUUAUCUGUAUCUUUCUUCCUUCCCUCACACUCCCUCUCUCCUCCCUCCCUAAUCUCUUUAUCUGUAUCUUUCUUCCUUCCCUCACACUCCCUCUCUCCUUGUUCCCUUCUUCCCUCACUACUCUUCAGCCCCUUUCUCUCUCCAAUUAAAUCCAAAGGGGCUUUAUUGGCAUGGAAAACAUUGCCAAAGCAAGUGAAAUAAACAAUAAACAGAAGUGAGACACAAAACAUCAACAAACUGUUAGAAUUUAACAGUAAAUAUUGGAUUCAAAAAGGUUUAAUAAAAAUAAAAUAAAGGUUUCUCUCUCCUCCUCUGUCCCUGCACCCUGUGUGCCCAAUAACACAGCUACAGUGCCUUGCAAAAGUAUUCAUCCCCCUUGGCGUUCUUCCUAUUUUGUUGCAUUACAAUCUGUAAUUUAAAUUGAUUUUUAUUUGGAUUUCAUGUAAUGGACAUACACAAAAUAGGCACAUUGGUGAAGUGAAAUGAAAAAAUAACUUAAGUGGUGCGUGCAUAUGUAUUCACCCCCUUUGCUUUGAAGCCCCUAAAUAAGAUCUGCUGCAACCAAUUACCUUCAGAAGUCAAAUGAUUAGUUAAAUAGUUAAAAGAAGAAGAAAAAAAGUCCACCUGUGUGCAGUCUAAGUGUCACAUGAUCUGUCACAUGAUCUCAGUAUAUAUACACCUGUUCUGAAAGGCCCCAGAGUCUGCAACGCUACUAAACAAGGGGCACCACCAAGCAAGCGGUACCAUUAAGACCAAGGAGCUCUCCAAACAGGUCAGGGACAAAGUUGUGGAGAAGUACAGAUCAGGGUUGAGUUAUAAAAAAAUAUCAGAAACUUUGAACAUCCCACGGAGCACCAUUAUUAAAAAAUGGAAAGAAUAUGGCACCACAACAUACCUGCCAAGAGAGGGCCGCCCACCAAAACUCAUGGACCAGGCAAGGAGGGCAUUAAUCAGAGGCAACAAAGAGACCAAAGAUAACCCUGAAGGAGCUGCAAAGCUCCACAGCGGAGAUUGGAGUAUCUGUCCAUAGGACCACUUUUUAAGCCAUACACUCCACAGAGCUGGGCUUUACGGAAGAGUGGCCAGGAAAAAGCCAUUGCUUAAAGAAAGAAAUAAGCGAACACAUUUGGUGUUCGCCAAAAGGCAUGUGGGAGACUCCCCAAACAUAUGGAAGAAGGUACUCUGGUCAGAUGAGACUAAAAGUGAGCUUUUUGACCAUCAAGGAAAACGCUAUGUCUGGUGCAAACCCAACACCUCUCAUCACCCCGAGAACACCAUCUCCACAGUGAAGCAUGGUGGUAGCAGUAUCAUGCUGUGGGGAUGUUUUUCAUCGGCAGAGACUGGGAAACUGGUCAGAAUUGAAGGAAUGAUGGAUGGCGCUAAAUACAGGGAAUUCUUUAGGGAAACCUGUUUCAGUCUUCCAGAGAUUUGAGACUGGGACGGAGGUUCACCUUCCAGCAGGACAAUGACCCUAAGCAUACUGCUAAAGCAAUACUUGAGUGGUUUAAGGGGAAACAUUUAAAUGUCUUGGAAUGGCCUAGUCAAAGCCCAGACCUCAAUCCAAUUGAGAAUCCCAGUGGCUAGAUGUGCCAAGCUUAUAGAGACAUACCCCCAAGAGACUUGCAGCUGUAAUUGCUGCAAAAGGUGGCUCUAUAAAGUAUUGACUUUGGGGGGGGGUGAAUAGUUUCUAGUUCAAGUUCUGUUUUUUUGUCUUAUUUCUUGUUUGUUUCACUCAAAAAUAUUUUGCAUGUUGUGUAAAUCAAAUGAUACAAACCCCCCAAAAUAUCCAUUUUAAUUCCAGGUUGUAAGGCAACAAAAUAGGAAAAAUGCCAAGGGGGGUGAUUACUUUCGCAAGCCACUGUAACGACCCAACAGAGAGACCCCAACACACACACACGCGCACACAGUCACAUCUUCUUCUAUGCUAGCUCUAGGCUUUGCGAUGGGAGCAUUUUACUGGCAUGUCUAGAGCAGAGAACCCACAAGUUGUUGAAAUGUGUUUGAGUAAGUUGCAUACAUCCAGAAUGUUUGACUGUUCUGAGUGCAGUGAAGUUGGUGACCAACGGUAGCUGGAAGGUCACUUGGCAUGACUGUAGUAGUAAUGGAGCAGAUUGAUGAUCAGUGCUGCAGUGACUGUCUGCUGUGCUGCGAACUGUGUGUGCUUAUUUUUUAUAGCAUUUUUUAAAAAACAUACUUUCCACACCUGAAGUGUGUGUAUGUGUUAACAUCAUGUGUCCUGUGUUAUACCUCCAGGUGUACAUGUACCAGCUGUUCCGCAGUCUGGCCUAUAUCCAUUCCCAGGGCGUGUGUCAUAGAGACAUCAAACCCCAGAACCUGCUGGUGGACCCCGAGACAGCCAUCCUCAAACUCUGUGACUUCGGCAGGUUAGUCUGCUUGUCUGUCAGUGAGCACCUCUGGCCAUCUCUGAAUGUUUCAGCCUGUGUCUGUGUGUAUUAAGCUGCGUUUACACAGGCAGCCCACUUCUUCUGAUAUUUUUUACGCUAAUUGGUCUUUUCAGAUAUUUUUCAGAGCUGAUCUGAUUGGUCAAAAGACCAAUUAGUGAAAAGAAUAUCAGAAUUUGGCUGCCUGUGUAAAUGCUGCGUUACUGUUCUGUCUGUUUAAAUGGAUCUCUGUCUUACUCUUUGUCUGUCUGGAUAUGUAUUUUUCUCUGACUGACCACCUCUCUCCCCAUAUUGUCUCCAGUGCUAAGCAGCUUGUUCGCGGGGAGCCUAACGUGUCCUAUAUCUGCUCGCGGUACUACCGCGCCCCCGAGCUCAUCUUUGGCGCCACGGACUACACGUCCAACAUUGACAUCUGGUCAGCGGGCUGCGUGCUGGCCGAACUGCUGCUGGGACAGCCCAUCUUCCCCGGGGACAGCGGAGUGGACCAACUGGUAGAGAUCAUCAAGGUAGAGAAGAGGGGACCUGGGAGCUGAGAGGACACCAAACUGUAGGGGUGGGAGAUGGGAGUAUAGGUCUAUGGUGGUGGUAGGCGUGAUCAUUCUUGGAGGAACUUCAUGCGUCUUUCACUCUUCCAGGUUUUGGGGACUCCAACGAGAGAGCAGAUCCGAGAGAUGAACCCCAACUACACAGAGUUCAAAUUCCCCCAGAUCAAAGCACACCCCUGGACAAAGGUACACUCCGCCCUCAGCUCUAUCUAAAUAGCCUUAACACAAUUGUCUUCCAUUGGCACCAGAUGAGAGAGAACAUGUGGUCCUCUGUAGCUCAGCUGGUAGAGCACGGCGCUUGUAACGCCAAGGUAGUGGGUUCGAUCCCCGGGACCACCCAUACACAAAAAUGUAUGCACGCAUGACUGUAAGUCGCUUUGGAUAAAAGCGUCUGCUAAAUGGCAUAUUAUAUUAUAUUAUAACAUUGUGAAAUGGAACAGAUACUACAGCCUAAAUGAGUCAAACAAGAUGCCGUUUCUUUCUUUGUCCCUGUGUCAGGUGUUUAAGCCACGGACGCCCCCGGAGGCCAUCUCCCUGUGUUCCCGUCUGCUAGAGUACACCCCUGUGACCAGGCUGUCCCCCCUUGAGGCCUGUGCCCACGCCUUCUUCGACGAGCUGCGCCAGCCCACUGCCCGUUUGCCCAGCGGACGAGAACUGCCCCUCCUCUUCAACUUCAGCCCCGUCGGUGAGUCCACACUCUACACACCCUCAGUCGGUAGCCAUGCCCUCCUCCCUUUUGCCCCAAGCUUCUAUAAUCCCCUCAGUUUUCCAGAAUAGGUCUGAAGCGUGUAUGUUGAGGAUCCUCUGUGUGUAGUAUGAACCUUAUCUCUUGCUCUCUUUCUCUCUCUCGGGCUCUCUCUCUCUCUCUCAGAGCUGUCUAUCCAGCCCCAGUUGAACUCCACACUCAUUCCUCCUCACGCUCGCGCACAGACAUCACCUGCCUCACACGGUAUGUACAGCACACAUGCUGAUUACAUGUUCAAUACAUGACUACAUAUUUACAAGACAAGGAUAGGGGAUAUAGCUUGAAAUCAACAUUUAGUGUGGUGUGUAUCUGAUGUCAUGUGUAUUUCUCCACCAGAUGGCAGUGUGUCGGACAGUACCACCCAGCCCAGCUCAGCACCUGGAUCCAUCAACAACAGCACCUGAACCCC